AUGUCUAUUAGGGAUAUUCGGGAACCGGCAAACGCCAAAGUUGACAACGGCAGUAUCGUGUUUGUCCACGGCUUGCAUGGCGAUCACGCACCGUGGACAUCCGAAGCGAAUGUCUUCUGGCCCGAAAAACUCCUCCCAGCCAAGGUAUCCGACGCAUGUAUCCUGUCCUUUGAAUAUCAGGCAGCAAUCGGUUCUUUCUUCGACGAUGACAACGGAAUUACUGACAUUUCCAACGACUUAAUCAACGAGCUGAUGGAUCAUCGAACGGAGAAACAAAAGGUUCCCCAGUCUCGCUCUCCUUGUGCCCCUCUGAUCCAUCAGGAAGAACGACCGAUCAUUUUUGUUGCACAUUGCCUCGGUGGCACGGUUUUGGAGAACGCGCUAGUACGAGCUGCCGAACAUCCCAGGAAAAAAGAGCUCAUUGGCUGUGUCCACGGUAUAUUACUGCUAGGGACACCACAUUUCCAGGCUGGAUCGCUGGCGGACGCCACAAAGUAUUUCCAAGUGGCUCAGGAGGAGAUUCCGAGUGAGUCGGACUUGAAAGACAUGUUACAGCGGCUCAUCGCUAUCCCCCUGGCCUUUGCCGGCCUCAAGCAAGCCGGUGCUAGGUUCGAGAUGGAGGGUUUCUACGCCGGAGCCGGCACCAAGCUGGGCGGCAAGGACGUGAAGAUCGUCGAUGAGGCGUUGGCCCGAAGCCCAGGAGCUCCUCACCCGGAGCGGCUGGCCCGCAAUCAACUACGAUUGAGCCAGUAUGACGCCGAGGAUGAAAAGGACUUCAAGAAGGUGUUGCGUGUUCUUACUCAAUGGGUAUCCAAGAUUGUUCUUCCGGAGGAGGAUAAAGGGGCGCAAAAUGUGUCACAUGCGACAUUUUCAGGAUCCCACAAUUCCGGUUUGCAGCUUGGGCAGAAUGUAGGCACCCUGAAGGGGUUCAGCUUUGGAAGAAGUUAG